AUGAAACAAAUUAUUAAAUAUUAUUUAAUAAUAAAUAAAUAUAUGAUUAUGAAUGAUAUUCUACCUGAUGCAUUAAAAAUAAAUUCAAUGCAAAGAAUAAAACGUUUACCACAACGAACAAAUAACAAUAUAACACAUCAUAACCAUUAUCAUUUAAUUCUUGUCUCUAUUCAAUCUCUUAUAUUUGUACCUGAACCUUAUUUUAAUCAAUCUGGUUAUGAACGUACACGUCAUACAGCAACUGGUACUGAUCAAUCACUUGAAUAUUAUGAUUAUAUUCGACAACCAUCAGUUCGAUGA